GAGGUGGGAUCAGGUACCUAGGAGGAGUAAGCAUCCCCUGUUGACCGGUCACACCCGCCGUGAGCCCCAUAUCCUGAUCAGGUAAACGGAGUUUACGAAUGCAAGUGUUUGCACGUUAAAAAAGACUUCACAGUUCUACUUUUAGUUGUACACGGUUGGAAAUGGAAAUGGAUUUGCCAUUAUUUAUUGAAUCUAUAAAAGGAAAAUUGAAGAAUUUUGAACUGAGUGAAGAGCACACGAAAAGCUUGGGUGAUGAAUUAAACAUUAUAUUCGGAUCGUUAAUAGAUGAAAGAAAACGAGCCAAAAUACCCGAUGAACUUGGGAAAAUUAUUGAUUGUUUGGAAUUAACGCCCUCAGAUGAGGAAAUUUUCACCAAGAUGCACUACAUCACGAGUGCUACGGAUAACAUCGCCAUAUUAACGCAAUCAUUGACAGAAGCAUUCCCUGUCACAUUUCAUGUACUGUGUCUAAUUUUUCAGAAUUUUAGUAUAGCCUUCCGGCAAUCACUGGGAAUUUUACAUAUCCUUCGUCAUCUCCCGACAAGAAACAAUACCAUUCGCGAGAUCCAGAGACCCAUGCUCAUGCAGGAGGUCUGGAGAAUUUGUUGAAGACAGCACAUGCGUAUUUGAAUGGAGUAGAUGAAAAUGCUUCUGCAUCUGAAAUAGAAAAUUUGCAGAACAGAGUACCUUAUGAAAAGUGUGCAGAAUUUUUGGGAAAUAUAAAGGCAAAAAUUGAAAAUUGCAUACCUUGCGAUAACUUACAUAAAUAUCUAUGCUCGUCUAGCGUUAUUGCGCUCAGUAGUUUUGUGGCAACUUUAGUGUUUAAAGAAACGGAGCGAAUUUGGACAGGCAAGCGCUAAAUCAAUCUAUCUAAUGAUCAAAACAAAUGAGGAUUUCCACCAUGAUGUCAUCGAAUUGAUCACAAUCCCGAGAUAUGAGAGGGCAGUGUUUUUGACACUAUUUCAUCCCAACGAGAAUAAGCAAUGGGUGUAUUUUUUAAAAGCCAAUGGUAUGCAAUUGCCAGUAUCGCUAGCAGAGACGGAACUCGGUAAAUAUUGUCAUUAUGUCAUCCGUCCCACGGCAUGGCCGCACUGGCGUAUAGAUAUGGGGUGGGACGUUGGUGGGUCUGUCUGCAGAUGCAAAGAAGACACGCUAGCCAGCCACUUUCAGUUCGAAUCAGUCUUGAAUAGGGAAUCGGACAACAUCUUCUACAUCCGAUCCUGGAAAUGGAAGGAAUAUUACGUUUACAUGAGAAAUAACCCUUGGGGAUUUUGUGCUGGUAUGAAAGGGACACCGGCUACAGAGUGACAAUGGAAGAUACUUCAGUUUGAGAUCAAAGGACAAAAAAGUAUCUAAUGUCUCCUUUGAAGUGGCCAUGCUAUUUCAUUUAUAUGAUAAAUUCCUUAUGGGGACAAGUUCGUGGAACAUACGAUGUUAAAGAAGGCGAUCAUAAUGGUUUGUGGGAAAUCGGUGAGUGUUGACAGCAAUUGCAAACAGUUUAGGAAACCCACAUGAUAAGACAAGAUUGUUAUGUGUGACAGCAAGAUUGCGAAAAAGUUUUAUCACUGCCCAAUGUCAUACUGGUAACCCCCUACCUUGUACUCUACGUAUAUGUUAUUUUGUAGAUGUGACUGGUAUAUCGCUAAAUUUUACAUUUGAUGUACUUACAAAUGAUCACAUUGGUCUUCUGUUUUUCAAUGAAAUAUUUUAACAUCAACAUUUGAUGUUUAGCACUUCGAUUUCUGAUUAUUAUUGAAUUGUUAGUAAUCUACAUAUUAUUUUAGUAUACCUUUCAUGAUUUUAGUAGGCUGAGUUUUAGCGUCGAUAAUCAGUAGAUCAGAGUAAUCACAAUAAACAACAAUUUUUCAUUGUACAAUACGUUUUUGCAUGAAAUUCUUGUUUAAUUAAUUUGUACUUGAUUGACAAAUAAGAUAAUAGAUUAUUUUUUGGCACGCUGUUUUUGGCUAUAUUUAGCUCUAAAACUUCAUAGUUAUUUCGGAUUUCAAACAUUUCGGUUGAGCAUCACUGAAGAGACAUUAUUUGUCGAAAUGCGCAUCUGGUGCAUCAAAAUUGGUACCGUAUAGUUUUACAUUAUGACCCCUGGGUCGAGGCCUCUGCUGGUGGACUGUUAGUCCCCGAGGGUCUCUACAGCCCAGUAGCUAACGUUGGUUCAGACGGUAAGGUUUCCUCUUCUCGGACGAUUUUCUCCACAAACUUACAGAGUUAUUUUGUCCAAUGACUACCUGUGUUUCGUCUGAGAAAAUAACUUUCUACCACUGUUCAGGUUUCCAAUGUCAUUUCCUCGGCACCACAAAUUCGGCGUUGUUUGUUGACUUUAGCGAUUGUAAGCGUUUUCUGAAUUUUGCCCCUCCUGUAUCCUUCCUGGUGUAACUUACGACGAACAGUUCUCAUGGACACAUUUGUACCUUCAUUCCUAUUAAAAGUUGAUGUAAUGUCUUGAAGAAAUUGUCUUCUGUUAGUUUUCAGAAAGCGAUAAAGUUUCCGAUCACCCCUCUCAUCUAUCACUCGGGGCCUUCCUCUCCGGGGAUCGAUUUUAACACUUUCUUUUUGACGGAAUGUUUUCAAAACUCGUCCAACAGUGCUUCGAUGGAUUCCCAAUGAUUCACUAAUUUUGUUGUCAUUAAAUCCCUUUGAAUUUAGAAUUACAAUCCUUUCCUUUAGGUCCUUUGACAAUUCUCUCUCAUUCUUCGACAUUGUUUUCAUUCGAUACCUUACCGGAAAUCGUUUGCUAUUUUGAAUUACAAACGGUUCCCCAUAUAAUUCGUACCCUAGUCAAUUCGCAUACCUGACAUCACGACCCCAGCUUACUUUGUUAUGCGUCAUAAAAAAAAAAAAAAUUUGAAGCGAGUAAAAUUGUGAUGAUAUCAGCCAUGUUUGUUGCAAUACUUUUGGUCACUCAGUGUAGCUCCGACAAUUUACGACAGUACGUAUUCAAGAGUCGAAUGCUUGCUGUAAUGUUAUCUUUUAAAUCGAAAGUACAACGCCUUGCUGGGUAUUUCCUUCCAUGUAUUUGUAGUUCUGAAAAUUUUCAGUCAUUUUUAUCAUGUGAAUGAAGAUGUUACACUGUGAUUUUCAGACAGCAUGAUAUAACUCAUAACACACUCCGACAAUUUACGACAGUACGUAUUCAUGAGUCGAAUGCUUGCUGUAAUGUUAUCUUUUAAAUCGAAAGUACAACGCCUUGCUGGGUAUUUCCUUCCAUGUAUUUGUAGUCCUGAAAAUUUUCAGUCAUUUUUAUCAUGUGAAUGAAGAUGUUACACUGUGAUUUUCAGACAGCAUGAUAUAACUCAUAACACACUCCGACAAUUUACGACAGUACGUAUUCAUGAGUCGAAUGCUUGCUGUAAUGUUAUCUUUUAAAUCGAAAGUACAACGCCUUGCUGGGUAUUUCCUUCCAUGUAUUUGUAGUUCUGAAAAUUUUCAGUCAUUUUUAUCAUGUGAAUGAAGAUGUUACACUGUGAUUUUCAGACAGCUUGAUAUAACUCAUAACACUAAUGGAUCACAUUCCCCGUGUGUCAGAAGUCCUCUAUGUGGGUCUAUGUCGGAAGAUAGGGACACCGACAGAAGUGACCAUCAGAAGGGACGUGUUGGACAUGAAGGAAAUGAUAGAGACACCUCUACAGAUAUACAGAGGAGAGAGACUGAUGAUGAGUGGUAGUUAUAGGGAGGGGUUCAGGUUUGAAUCAUCUGACUUGGACCGCAUGCUCUGGGGCUGUCAUUACAAACUGAUAUCCGAUAUAUCUCAGUCCUCGUUUUAUACUGCAUCAGGAAAUACCAUUAUCCUAAUGGACAGUACGGAUACACCUCCUGGAUUUGUCAGAUUGCAGCUUCUAACACCAACCUCAAAUCCCAACAUCAGUUCAUCUCUCGUCCUACUCAAUGACAGAGUUUAUAUAUCAAGUUCACAGUUCCAACAGCAGUCGGUCGAUUUCAUUAAUAAUGCUUUACGUCAUUUAACGUUUACUCCUCAUGGUCCUUGUGCUACUACUACUUUUCAAUCCACUGAAAUUGAUCACGCUUAUUGUUUUGCCAGUAUACAUUGGCCUGUAAUAGCACAACCCUGGGUUGACAGAAGUCUCAGAAAUAAUUGGCCACCAGUUCAUGUCCUUGCAGAUAUUUUAAAGCAUGGUUGUCACUGUGUGCCUAUAGCAAGUAAAACAAUUUCUAGUGAAAACGAAUUAGAAUGGAGAUUGUCGUUUUCUCAAGCUGAACAAAAAUUAGUUUACGCUAUGAAUCACACUCAAUUUUUAUGUUACGGACUUCUGAAAAUAUUUCAAAAGGAGGUUCUAAAGGAACCACUGUGUUCGUAUUUCAUGAAAACUACAAUGUUCUGGAUUAUACAGGCGGACUGCAUCAGAUGGUGUCCCCGAGAUUUACUGAACUGUUUCUGGACGUGUUUCAAGUAUCUCAUUCAAUGUGUUUAUCGUGGUGAGUUCCCGAACUUUUUCAUUCCACAGAACAAUAUGUUCCUAAACAAAGUUGUAGGUCAUGCCCGUACAUCUUUACUGGAACAACUUAAUCGGUAUUACAGAAUGGGCGUGUCCUGUCUGCUACACAGUAAAACUCUCAGAUCGAUCCUACUACCAGCCCUCAUUAGUCCGUCCUUUGUUUUACACUCUGCUGAAGGACAUUAUAACGCUGUCGAGGAUGUAGACCGUGUUCUCAAAAAAGAAAUAUUUCCACUCUCCUUUCACGAGAAAGAGUUCACUCACUGUCUUCUGCUGCUGAAAUCAAUAGAUAAAUUAUCACGGUUAUCUUUCUCACCAUACCAAACAUUAUCAUUACAGCAUGCUACAGCAGAGGUUCUCACUCAGACGGCCUUUGUUAUGUUAAACAAUGCUUCAUGCUGCACACAUAGACAAGUGUACAUAUUAGACAAGACGGUGUGUAAUAUGUUGAGACUGGCAGCACGUGUAGGUAGUGUAACCCAGUCACUGUUGUAUCUAGCUCUGUAUUACUAUAGAAUGGGUAGAUAUAAUGACGCACUUCAUGUUACUUAUCUCACAAAACAAAGACUAUCACAGCCCUACAUCAUGUAUAGAGGUGUAGUAGAUAAUGAAGCUGUAGGCAGGCUGUCUCUGUCUAGAAAAAUGAAAACAGCCUGGGUAGAUGACGUCAGAUUAGACAAUGGUCUCCAUAUCAUUAAAGAAUUAAUUCUAGAACAAGAAGUCAGUAAACAAAAUGGUACAUUGGUUUUAAUAAUUUCACCUUUUGUGUUGACUGACAUGUUGUCUGUGUUGUGUAACUACAGACUGAGUAACAUAUCCCAGUAUCUACAGUCACUCACGGAUCUACAGACCCUGCUGAUCUCUGAUGAUGGCAGAUAUGUACCUUUACACAUUAGAGACCUCUCGUGGCAGAUACUGGGGAUCUGUCAACACGUUGUGGGGGACUUACACGGGGCAUUACAGUCUUAUCAAGAAUCACUCAGACAGAGACCAUCCCAUACAAUACAGAAAGCAACAGAAGCUAGAAUACAGUACAUUAGUCGUCAGUUUCACGGAACAUAGAUUUAGUGCCUGAUUGUGGCCCCUUCCUGAUUUGGGACCUCGUUGAUCUGUAGACAUUUAACACAACAAACUACCAUUACGGAUUGUGUUGAUACACGUACGCGAUCUCGUUCUGUUUUUGUUUUUGUGGGUUUUGUUUUUUUGUUUUUUUUUAAUUAAAGUGUGUUCCUUAGAGAUGAAACAAAGCACACUGUCUCCUCUCUGUGCAACUCAGAUGUCAAAUUCACAAACGGGGUAUGUAGCUGAAGGCGUAUCUCUUACUGAAGAUUUAUGUGUAUUUUGUGUUCAAUUUGAGCUGAAUCCAGGACAAGCCAUCUUGAGUUAAUUGAUCAUUUAUAUCUUCAUCGAAAAGUAACAAUUUAUUUCAAUGUACCACCAUGAUGUAAUUAAUAUCUCUCGUAAGUACUCUGUAUACUUGAACGUUCCUGUGACAUCGUCUCAUGGUAAUUACUGCCAGAGAAUAAAGUUUUAAACAUGAAAAUUAUCCACAGCGAAGAGAGUAAUAUGCACGAUACUUGUUGGAAAUCUCGGACUCCUUCAAUUCCAUUAAAUCAGAAUUAUUUGACUGAUAUGACGCUUUAUAACGAUCAUCAAGCAUACCUGUGUAAAAUCAUUCUAUAGAUGUUGCUCGUGUCUUCUGGACGGAAUGAGUAUUUACAGUGUAUAAAAAUAUAGAUCAAAUUAAAAGAUUUUAUACAUA